CUUCUCGCGAUCAUUUCUCAAUGCGAGAAAAAAAAAACUACGAUGCUAACGGUUUGUUAGCUUUGUGUACUGACAGUUUGGCGUCCAGCUAGAUGGAGGAGGAAACGUCCGACUGCUGUUGAGGAAGGAAGGGUUUCCAGAGAGACUGAGACUGGGAGGACUUCCUGCUGUCACCACCCAUCAUCAACCUCCUCAUGGUGGAUUUGAAGAUGUAGCCUACAAAGCAGAUGGUCAUCUCUGCAGUGGUUCAUCAUUCAUGCCCGAGCAAAAUCAGUGACACCCCUAGCUGUCCAAACGCUGGAGCACUUUGACCCCUAACCAGGACAGCCCAGUGCGUGACUUGGCCAUCCUAACUCUGUCUGUCCUCAGUUGAAGACCCCACUGUGCUCAGCCAUGCUGUUCUCCCUGAGGGAACUGGUCCAGUGGCUGGGCUUCGCCACCUUUGAACUGUUCCUCCACCUGUUAGCUUUAUUGGUCUUCAGCAUGCUGGUCGCUCUGCGAGCUGACAUGUUUACACCCACACUAAGCUGGUGGCUGGUCUUCGUCCCACUGUUUGCCGCCGACGGCCUCAGCACCUACUUCACAGCCAUUGUGUCCAUCCGUCUUUACCAGGAGAAUGAGAAGCGUCUGGCGGUUCUGCGGCUCCUCUGGGUGCUGACGGUGCUCAGCCUGAAGCUAGUGUGCGAGGUGCUGCUGUGUCAGAAGCUGGCAGAGCAGGAACAAGCCAGAGACCUGUGGUUUGGUCUCAUUGUCUCGCCGCUGUUUAUCCUGCUGCAGCUGCUGAUGAUACGAGCAUGCCGUGUCAACUGAGAAGAGGCAGUUAGUGGUUGUGUUUUCACAUCACGGAGCAGAGAGCAGUCUUCAUCUGCCAUUUGAGAUUUAAAGCAUAACAAUAGUGUAAUUUUUCUUUUGGCUCUUUGGCACCUUUUAAAAAAACAAAAAAAUUCUUUUUUUUUUUUUUUUUGACAUGUUCAAGAUCACACCAGAAUCCAAUUUUCUGUCAUUUGAGAUUCUAAUAGUUUUUAAAUUAACAUUAAAUUUCAGUGCUUAUUUGGGUUAGAGUAAAGUAUUUUAGGAGCAGAUAAUCUUGUGUGUUGCUAAAUGCUUAAAUGCACUGUAUGGCCAAAAUUAUCUCCAUAUACGAUUGUGUACAUUUGGUUUGGGGCUGUUUUUUUCUGAUUUGGAGCCAUUAGUUCCAAUGAAAGGAAAUCUCAUUGCUGCAGCUUACUGUAUCUUAGGCAGUAGUUUGUUUUGACUCCACUAUGUCCCAAAAAGCCAGCUGCAUAAAGAGAUGGUUUUUGGUGUGGAAGAACUCGUCUGGAACCAGAAGAGAAGAGGCUCUUCCUUCCUAUGGUUUGGAAAUGAGAACAAUAGAAUGACCACAUACUUUUGGCCAUGUGGUGUAAACAUAUUUAAUGGUUCCUAUUGCUACAUUUAAGCUUUAAUAGAUUCUGAAGACUGAAAGGAAGUAAAUAGAAACUAGACAAUAUUUGUCUCAAUUUUUCUGAGCCCCUUUUUCAUCAAGAUGGAUUGUGACUGUAAGCUGUUUUGUCACUUUUUAAUAAUACAAGGAGCUGGAGAAGAUGUUAAAAUAGUACAUGUGCAUUUGCACUAUGACAGUGCCUCUACCAUGGUGUAGUGAACGGCACACAGUGAGCCAUGAGGGAAAUUUACACCAGAGUUAUGUUUUAAUGCACAUGUGCACACAACACGUGUAGAUUAAAUAGAGUGGUGAAACCUUAAAGCAGUAAUACCAUAGCUUUCAGGGGUAACAGAGCCCAGGGAGCUGCUGCAGCACUGAUGAUGUUUUGUUUUUUUUUUCCCCAAGUAAUUAUCAGCUAAAUUUGGUUAGAUGUAUUAUCUUGUGUUUCACUGUGUUGCCUGUUACUGGGAGUGUUUCUCAUGCAUUGCACACCCCAAAUUGACUAGUAUGUCAGCUCCCUCAGUGAGGCUGGUCUGGACAGCAAGACGCUGGUUCUGAAGCUUGUUGUCAGCUCACAGUCUCACCCUGAUGUAAAAGAACUGAAUGUGAUUUCCACUAGCAGUCAGUUAUGUGCACAGGUUUUUUUUUCGCUGAAAAUUGCUGUUUAUUUGUACAAUAUGUAAUGUUUUUGAUCUUACCUUGUGUACGUACCGCAUGUGUUAUGUAUUAUAUUAUGUAUGUGUGCCUCAUUUUAAGGUAAUUCCGGAUGUGACAUUCUGUUUAAUAUGUAUAUGUUGAUUUUGGGAAGAAAUUCACCAAAUCUUAUUUAUGUUCUUGUUAUGGCACCCUUGUUGUCAUCUGUAUAUACAUGUAAAUAAACC